GGGCUGUAAAAGCGGGGCAGCGGGGCCGGGGAGCAGCGAGCCACAGAGCGGCCGGGGCUGCGAGCGGAGCAGGUUGCACCAAGUGCCAGUACCGCUGCACAAACGAGCAAAACGUCGUCCGAAAUGGCAGCCGAGGGGGACAAAAUGAUGGCAGGAAGGUUUGUGGGGAGCACAGAUCCCAUCAUGGAGAUGCUCAGCGCUUCCAUUACUGUUGAUCAGAGACUGUCUGAGGUGGACAUCCAGGGGAGCAUGGCUUAUGCCAAAGCCUUGGAGAAGGCUGGAAUCCUGUCCAAAACUGAGCUGGAGAAGAUCCUGAGUGGCCUGGAAAAGAUCUCUGAGGAAUGGUCCAAGGGAGUCUUUGGUGUGAUCCAGACUGAUGAGGAUAUCCACACUGCCAACGAGCGCAGGCUGAAGGAGCUGAUUGGAGACGUAGCUGGGAAGUUGCACACUGGCAGAAGCAGGAAUGAUCAGGUUGUGACUGACCUGAAGCUGUUCAUGAAGAAUUCCCUCUCCAUCAUCUCCACACACCUCCUGCAGCUCAUUAAGACCCUGGUGGAACGUGCUGCCAUAGAAAUCGAUGUGAUCCUGCCUGGCUACACCCACCUGCAGAAAGCUCAGCCCAUCCGAUGGAGCCAGUUCUUGCUCAGCCAUGCUGUUGCUCUGACCCGCGAUUCUGAGCGCCUGGGAGAGGUGAAGAAGAGGAUCAAUGUCUUGCCUUUGGGAAGUGGCGCUCUGGCUGGAAACCCCCUGGAAAUCGACAGAGAGCUGCUGCGCAGUGAGCUGGACUUUGCUUCCAUCAGCCUGAACAGCAUGGAUGCUGUCAGCGAGAGGGACUUUGUGGUGGAAUUCCUCUCUGCUGCCACCCUGCUGAUGAUCCACCUCAGCAAGAUGGCUGAGGAUCUCAUCAUCUACAGCACCAGCGAGUUUGGCUUCCUGACCCUCUCUGAUACCUACUGCUCUGGCAGCAGCCUGAUGCCUCAGAAGAAGAACCCCGACAGUCUGGAGCUGAUCCGCAGCAAAGCCGGGCGAGUGUUCGGACGGCUGGCUGCAAUUCUGAUGGUCCUCAAAGGACUCCCGAGCACCUACAACAAGGACCUGCAGGAGGACAAGGAAGCUGUCUUUGAUGUUGUAGACACCCUGAAUGCUGUGCUCCAGGUUGCCACUGGAGUGAUUUCCACCCUCCAGAUCAACAAGGAGAACAUGGAGAAGGCACUGAGCCCUGAGAUCCUGUCAUCCGACCUGGCUCUCUACUUAGUUCACAAAGGAAUGCCCUUCAGACAAGCCCACAUUGCUGCUGGCAAGGCCGUCCACCUCGCCGAGACCAAAGGCAUCACCAUCAACAACCUCAGCCUGGAGGACCUGAAGAGCAUCAGCCCCCUGUUUGGCAGCGACGUGGCGCAGGUGUUCAGCGUGCUGAGCAGCGUGGAGCAGUACACGGCCGCGGGCGGCACCGCCAAGAGCAGCGUGUCCGCCCAGAUCGAGCAGCUGCGGGAGCUGCUCAAGAGGCUCAAGGAGCAGGCUUAGAGUGUGGGGAGAGAUCCCGUGCCUGCAGCAGAGUGCCUGUGCCACUGAUCUGGAGUUAAUAAACACUGGGGUGUCUGUAGUUCACUGAAA